GUUCUUUAUUUUUCGUAUUUAAAAAUUCUUAAGAGAUUCAAAAAAGUCGAUUCUAUGGAAUCGUAAAAUUUGAUACAGAAUACGUCAUAUUGGGUAAACAGUGUAAAAUACAUUUUUUGUUGCUUAUUUGAAAUUUUUUAAAUUUAAAUGGGUAACGAACUUGAGUCAUUCGUACCAUAACCCAACUGGCCUAACUGGCAGUCAGUUGCACGGUGUCAAGACGUUCACGACGUAGCUAGUUAAAAAGUUGAAAUUACGAUUGCCAUAGCGAAAACUCGUUAACAAUUAGUGCCUCUUAUUGUUCCAUUAUGUGUACGAAUCAGUGACAGAGUGAAAGUGGAUAAUAAAAAAGAAAAUCGCAGUUACAGAUGACGGGCGUAAGGAUGAACGAUAACGGUUUACCAAACGUACGAGAAGCCACUCGGCUCUUUGGUACAUGACGGCUGCCUAUACAUUGCCCAGAGGAGAAGUUACGUUAACAGAUCGUACAAGAAAGGAAACUGACUACAUUUAUCAACGCCCAGCAUCUUCCUCGUUCAGAAAUACAUCUUCGGACUGGACCACUUCCUCCCUCGAAACUUAUCGAGCUUGUACCGGGACGGAACAUGAAAUUUUGUACGAAAACACAACCAGGCAUAGAUACGUAUCUCCAUAAACGUGAGUCUGCUUCCUGGUGACAGCUGCGGUACCGUCCAUGGAUUUUGAAUGAGAAUCUAAUGAGCUCCUAAGAAAUCUUCUUAGAGGAAGAUGCGAACUCGUUUAGCAUUCUUUUCACGUCGAAGUGCUGACCUCCGUUAUCGGAAAACGUUAACCAGGAUCUCCUGGGAAGUUCAGCCUCUGUGUAAGCCACCAGGUUGGCUGGCGUUACAUUACCAGCCACGUCACCGUCGGCAGACAUUAAUGCCUAUGGAUACGACCCUGGCUGCUUAUAAUGUAUAAAACAGAGUGCUCCCGUACGAGGCACGAGGUUUCACACUUUGCUCAGAGAGGGACAGACUGAAAGAAAGCGUCAGGGCCUCGUCCGGAUGAGAUAACGAGAGAGCAAAAGACAAGAACGAGACGACGAAGAGGAUGGAAAGUAGGCUGAAAAUAUUCGAGGCAACUGAGUAGUAUCAAAGGAAUUUCUAGUUCCGAACAAAAAAAAAUGUCCCAGAAGACUCCAGAACGAGCGACCCGGCUCCCGUUCUAACGAACAUCGCGCCACGUAUAUCUCGUAGCCGAGAGAGGAAGUGAGAAAGGGGAAAAAAUUAAAUGGAACUACGUCAGAACAUUUUUCCAACUUUGUCAACGUCGCGAUGUACUUGACUGUAUCAUUAUAUAAUACAGCGUCGCGCUACCCCCUAUCGAGGGCACUGCGAACUAACGCCAUAGAAAAGUAUAAGCCGAUUUAUCGUCCAGUGAAAAUUGGCCAGUAAACACAGCAGGCGAAAUAGAAAUUCAAAGAGAUGGUCUCUCCAAGUUAUCUAAGCUGUACCGUAGCGAUAGGAAACAUCUUCUACGCAAGUGUCCCUUAACACCAUUUUAUCGUUGGGAUGUGUUAACAGUGCGCCGCGACGACCAGCGUAACCAUCCACAUCGCUACACCCGUCACGUACACAGCGACGAUCAUUAUCGGGUCGUUCUUUUUUUUCCCUCUACUAAAGAGAAUCAUUUGCUCGACUGUACAGCAAUUGCCACCCUUAACCGGUAGGGUGUCCUAUCUACCCUCACUCGUAAUUAUUCCUGCUAGUGAUAUCUACGGCCCUUCAACACGGUACGUAUUCGCGUUCGUGUGAAUGCAAGUACAUCCGGCAGAGCUCAGUAUGUUAUGAAUAUUGCCUGGGCAAGUAACCGUGGCCGAGGUCGUCGCUUCGGGUAUUUACCAGGGAAUUAACUCAGCGGCGGUCUCCUGGGUUGCGACAUACGAGCGUGCUUGUCGCUGGGAAACGUAGCUGUGAUCAAUAGCCAGCAACGUGAAAGGAAGGAAGGAAGCAAGUGGGUACUCACCUGCCCAACGUUCAACUAUCCGUGGCUGUGUGCGAUCACGUGAAAUCACCGAAGGACACGAGAAAGGGUAGAUUGUUAGUUUUCGAGAAAACUCAAUAGCUAAGCAGACACCGAAGCGAGAAAGUGAGGUUAGGAUUGAGAUUAAAGUUUGGGAAGGAAAGUGAGCAAGUUAAGUAUCGAUUCUCUCAUCUCGUAUCGAUAUAAAUGAAAGAAUUUCUUUCUUUUUUUUCUCAAUCUUUAUUUAGGGCUGCUACGUAUGUUCUGGCUAGGGGUGAUUCUUGCCCAUUGCUAAAUCUCGCCGCGUAUCCUCGGACCACUCGAAGGUGAAACGAAUGUGGCUAAACUCGAGGUUCUAGCAUAAUUUUCGGGUUUCCCCAGCUCUCGUGGGGUGGAAACUGCCUGAGGAAAUGGGAGCCAUUAUUAAGCCAAAACCACGGAUAUUAAGCUCGGGAGGGAGAAAGCCGAUAAAGCGCAGUAUGGAUCUUGCCACAUCUCGCAAUUCGUCUCAAGGACCUGGGAGUUAUCAGGAGGUAUACGCAUCGAUUCAUUCUGAAGAUCCUUUGUCAUCCGAAUGGACCCUGACCUCUCGUGGAACCGUCCUCGACUUCCUGUUCUUAACUCCAAGGCAGGAUCACUCCGUGAAAUUGUUCAGGAAUAUUAAGUUUCGAUUUUGGUCGCGCAAUCUCAGCGCAAUUCAGUGAUUCCUCAAGGGAAGCCAUCCGCACGGCUCGACGCACCAGCAAAUCCUGACUGGAGAUUACACGUGGAACGUUGCCGUGGGCUUCUUGGUGAACAUCGUGGGAGAGAGGAGCAGAAAGCAUUUUCUCGACUGGCAAAGAAAUCUUUGUCCCAGCGUCCUGCAAUUUCAAGAGUUAACCAAGAUGGUGAUUCUUGAUGAGAGAAUUGCGUCUAGUGCAACGCCGCGCGUUAUCUUCCUCUAUUCUUUCUGCGUCCCAUUCGCUUUUUUCACCGAGUGACUGUGACUACCCUUUCCCAUUCUCCUGUGCGUAUUCGUUCCGCGAUAGAGCACGCGUGCGCCGCGGCAUUGGGGGUGCAAGCUUGGCUCGGCCGGGUCGUCGAGACGCCGGCAGAGCGGCGUCGGGACGCGAGGUUCGCGUCUAUCCUCGGAGAAACAACCUCGCAUCUCUUAUACCUGCGUGCUGCUCGCAUCAGCCCCGUUAGUUCACUCGUACACUGUGGUGUAUCGUUUCAUGAGAUUGUCCGUCGGGCCGGCGUGUUGUCUAGUAUACUUUCUUUUAUUUUCACUUUUAUUCACUGUCCGAGAGUGUUUCAUUCGACACACGUCCUACGGGAGACAUUCUAUUUCACGACGGUAUUCCAUUGGCUGACAGUAACGUCAAGAUACUACUGAGCACCAAGAGAAGAUACUCGUCUACGAGUAGGUUGUUCUCCGUAGCUCCCCUAGGUGGCUACCUAUUCCAUUCAUCUUGAAACGAUCUCGCCGGUGCCUACUACCACUAAGCUUUCAGACUUUUGCACACUCGAUAGGCCUACAAAGAGACAGCUGUGUGUAUCCAUAGCUAGCUCAACAGGUAGCUCUCUGAAACUACCUCGAUAAGCUAUCCGAGAUAUGCAUAUGAAUGCAAGAGUCUACAGAGAUUAUUAAUAACAAGUUUAAGAGAAAUAAUGGAGUAAAUAUACGUAAUAUCUAUUAAGAAUAGAUAUAUGACUAGGUUAUGUUUCUCGGGGAAUAUUUAUUAUAUGGCUAAAAGUCAUUAACGUUACCCUUUGAUGUCAUCUAUGAGAAAAAUAAAUCAUUCAAUAUUUAUAGAGGACGAGUGUCGCGAAAAUUAGAAAGUUAAACGAUUUAUUUUCUUUUUUACAUAUUAAAAGUGUUCUCGAACGAAUCUUGUUGAUCUACGCCAUCGUUGCUUAUUCUCCGGCCGAUAAAUCUAUUUACUCAACGCUUACACAGGGAUUUACGUUCAGCCUGGAGGGUUCUACUCAAGAACUUCGAGAGGUUAGGUUCGUGUGGUCAAGAACCAUCUAAGGGGAUCCUCGGGAUGCGGUGAUGGCUCUGCUGUACAGAUUCACGCAGCUGCCAGACCGCGGUGGCACGCGAGUCUUUUCCUUCGUCGUGACACGUAGCGUCGUUCGAGAUCCUGAGAGAGACGUAACCAGCAAGGAACUCGUGUGUGGUUUUCAAAGAUGGGCCGUGGCAUUUUCACGCGGAGACAAGGUCUUGGGUGUCUACUUGGUAUGGCGCGGUGCGGCACCUGGUCUUCGCGUUUACGUGGACUUCACGUUCACCCUCCUUAAUCGCGAACACUUCUCCGUGAACGAGGGCUUCUCCGGGAAGCGAGUAAAGUUCACGUACGACGCCCCGGCUCAGGGAAACAGGAACUACAUACCAGUCUCGGAUUUGUACAGCAGGAAUUUCGCUGAUCCUAAUGGAGAGUUUCAGCUGGAGCUCUCAAUGGCGAAUGUGAGGACCGUUUAUACGGAUGAAGUGAGGAUGCCCACUGGAGUCUUCACGGCAGGUCAAUCCAAGCCAAACAAACUGGAGACGGGAUACUUUACCUUUGGUGGUUUCGAUUGGAAUCUGACGAUCUACCCGUUUGGCAAUAAGGAAGGUGAAGCUCGCCAGGAAGGAAGACUCAGUGUCUACUUAGUGAGGCUCACUGGAUUUGAUCACCGUUGUAGAGUACGAUAUAGCAUUGCUCUAGGAGAAGGCGAUAGAAGAAUAGAAUCUGGACACAUAGAGGACCUAUCGGAUGCAGAGGGUCGUGGAUUCGGAUGGCAUCCAAGGUUGCGCUGGUCUGAAAUAGCUCACAAGGGGGUCGUUCGAGUGUCUCUUGAGAUGGUGGAGGCUCGCACGAUAUCUGAGGUCGCAGUUCAAGCUCUUGGACCUUCGGUGUUACCAGCUGCGCCCUGCUACGACCGGGACAAGCAAGCUUGGGCCAUACGAGCUGAUCUGCAUUCAGAUACCAUCAGAUUACACCUGGUGUACAAAGAUAUUCAUAACGUACCGAGGAAUCAUCUCAGAUACGUCAGCUGGUCUGCUUAUCUCAUGAGAGGAGAAGAACCGGAUAUGGAAGCUGCCGGUUUGCCUGGUGCUCCUUUCUCUAGAUAUUACGCUCAGGAACCUGCUGACGAAGGUAUCAUCAUGGAGACCAGUCUAGGUGUAACGGAAGUCAAGGACGAUCAGUGCCCCUUUCUUACUGAUAAGGGUCAGUUGAGGGUCAGGCUUGAAUGGAACGAGAGCCAUCUUCUCUUCCAAGCUACUUACCACAAGUACGAUGAUGUCUGCAGAGUGCAUAACCAGCAGAUGCGCCGCGAAAUCGCUGCACUUCAAGCUGAGAAUUACUCCCUUGAGAGGCAGCUAUUCAGCUAUCAGAAGAGUCUGGCCUAUGCUCAAGCACAGCAACAGAGUCAGCAGCAAGGCCCCGGAGGUCAUCUUGAGCGAUCCGCGUCAACCGAUACGGAAUAUGCCUGACAAGUGCUACCGGAAGUCAGUAAAAUCAAUGAAGUCAGGCGUCAAACUCUUGGGAUCGCAGAGAGCGAUCAGCGAGUCCAUCAGAACCUGGUGAAGCUCAUGGACCGACGACUCAGCAACGUACAGUCGCGACGGAGUGACGCCUCCCUGAGCGGAAGUGGAUCACCAAGGCCAAGUAUACUGUCAUCGAGUAUCAUUAGCGAUCAGCAUCAUAAUCAGACUCAGAGCAUCGUCCAGUCGCCAAAAUAUCGUGAGUCUGUUGGCAGCCUCGAGCGUCAGAAGGUUCGUGAAAAUGGCGGGCCUGGUAGCGGAUUCUAUGGAGCGAGUCAACCCCAGAAGAGACGAAGAUCUACCCUCUGGGAAACUCUCACCGGAUUGGUCUGUUCUCUGGGAGCUUUGGCUUCAAGGGCGGCCAAGAUGGCUGCCCGGCGGGGCGAUCCUCUUUGAAUCGGGAGGACGAUCCUCUCUUGCACCUGUGCUUCGUAGAUGAAUGGUAUCAAGUAUCGAACAGUUAGUUUAGUUUAUUAGAUAAUAUAUACAGCGUUAGUGUAACCACGUAUGGACUUGAUCGUGAUAAGGAACUCCAGGAUGAGGUGACUCGACUCCCACUUGCUCGUUAGGAACUCGAUAACCUAGUGGACUCGACCACCAGAGUAUUGAAUAUUUCUGAGGAACUUUUGACCAAUCAGUAACAGCAUUCCGAUUCAUGUCCAUCCAUUGGUCAGUAAUAGUGUCCACGGUUCACGAAGAACUGACACGUUAUUCUUAUUGGUGAUUUAGAAACUUAGAAAAUGAUACUAGCGAGUAGAUGUAAGAAACGCCUGAGGUACAAUACGUUCCUCCAUUGACUCUACACCUAUAUCUACUUGUCAAUUCACUAAAGAACUUAUUUUCCUCUAAAAAAAGACUUUUUCACCUAUUAUACUAGUUGUUCAUGUAAAAAAAAAAAAAACCUUAAGCGACAUCUUAGUAUCUAGAGCAUCGGUGUUAGGAGUGGGUACAAGAGAGACUCGUUCCUCCUAUUUUCGGAGUAUUUAACGCGCGGUAAUUAACAAUACUCUUUAUUAAUGAAAAAUAAAAGACGCCGCAUUGCCGUCGCUCUUACUAAUUCCGUUUGUAAGUCUGACAAAUCAGGGUAUAAAGAAACAUCAUUUUCAUCGAUUAAUAAUAAAUAGAUGCGUAUAUUUUAAUGAGAAGAAAGAAUGAGAAUAUCAAGGUCAUCGCUGUAACGUACAAAUUUGUUUCAUCCCUCCAACAGAAGAAUGGAUACACUUAAAGCCUAUAACACUAUUCAAAUAUCACUACUGCCUCCUACUCGCAUCCAAUUUAUCAAAAGCUAACAUGAAUUCUCAGAUUAAAGUGUCAGGAAGAAAAACAAUAAUAAUAAUUGAGCGAUAAGUAUCAAUGACGUUUCGUUAAAUACUCCGAGCAUUAUAAAUAUAAGAAAUUGUAAUUCGCGCCAUACAUCCCUUCUCUGAUUAGCAGAGCUGUAUACUUUGUAUAUACCUGUACUAAAUACUAUAUACGCGGUAGUCGAAAAUGUCACGGACGUCAUCCUCGCGAGGCUACCUAACCUCUUUGACAUAUUGCUUGCGAAAAGAAUUCACUUCGGCAAUAAUCGGGUUCGUUCGUUGCUGUUCGAUAAUCGCGGGAAACCUUGUACCUAUAAACGAUAUUUACAAUAACAAGAAACAACAUGUAUACACUUUAACAUUACGUCCUGCUUGUACAAUCCACAUAUUUUUAUUAUUUUUAUUACUGCUAUUAUUAUUCUUAUACACGACAAUUUUUCGAAUAUUUUCAUUGCCUGUACACGCAUGCGUGCAUAUUAAUUCAUACGCGCAUAUUCUAUUACCAUUCGUCGUAUUACUAUUAAUAUUAUAUUCGUAAAAUUAAAAAAAAAGAAAAAGAGGAACACCCUCUGACAUUCACUACUUAAGUGUAACGAGACAAAUCAAUUUUUAGGUAAUACGUUCUUUCGUCUAAGAUUCUUCCUACGCACUGCUGUAAGCGUAGUGGCUCUGACAAUCCCACUUUGACUUUACACGCAUCAGCUCUAAAUACAUACACAGACAAGCACAAAAUUAUUGCACCCAUCGUAAACUCUCUACACAGUUAACACGAAGAAGCGCACAACACUUUAGGGUAAAUUACUUCAUUUCAACAAUUUCAUGUUUUUUUUCCUUUUUUUUUUCAUUUAUAGAUACACUUUUUUAACCACUUGAAGUCUUCCAGACGUUCAGCUAUCUACGGUUCACAAUUAUUUUGCACGUUCGAUUGCAUGCACACUGUGGUAUAAAAAUUGUCACAAGACAGUUUUUCCCCGCAUAAAUACCGACUAGUAUCGAAAUGUACCAGGGUAAGUGGUUUAUGGCGGAACUUGUUUACGUUAUUUGAAAAUGGACUAACCGUCACUUGCCUACAGAGCUAGUCAAGCUUCAUGCUCGCGUACGGUAUCACGUGUCUAAUUCUCUGAAAGUGCUUGGCUCGCAUAUUUACUUGAAAAAAGUCACCCUCUGCUCAGUGAAAUGUGAUGAUUACGAGAAAAGAAUUUCAAGAGCCUUACGAUUCUUUUUACUUCUGUUUUUAUAUACUCCCCGCGUACUUUGUGCUUGUUUUAUAUUUUCGGACAACGGUCUAAACACACGUAACACGUAUUUGUAUAGUACAAUGUCAGAUUAACCUAACCAUAAAGUAACUUAGAAUAUAUAUAUACUCGCAGAGGACAAAUUGAUUUAUUAUCCAAUGCAUUCCGUUAUUGGCAUUCUUGAAGCAUCGUUGAAUAUGUAUUACGUGUCAGAUAUUCCCUUUUUCUACAUAAAUGGAAAACUUGCUGAAACACAAGUAUCCAAUGUAUUUCCCAUGUCAAUUGGUUCUAUCGCAUUAAAAUUUAUAACCUGUACUUCUCGGUAAUGCUUUUCGCCCUUACACAAGUAGCUUUAGCAGAAUAUCUGCAGGAACAUUCGACGUAUGUACAUUCUUUACUUAUCUGUCAAUCUACAUAUGUAUACGUUGCCCACUGUAGUACGUAAUACCACGUAGUUACAUCUUUUUUAAUAACACGGAAUCUCGCGUGCGAAUAUUUUCAAAAAUUUUGUUUCACCUUAUCAUAUACAAACGUUAUGCAAUCGGUAUCUUUCAGAGAAUUAUUAUCGCACGAGUACCAGUUGUGUAGUACAAAUAUUUAUGUAUUGCGCACAUAACGCAAAUGUUAUACAGUUUUUUAUUGACGUUCUUUGCGUUUCUUUAUAUCUGCGAUAUCCAUAUAUGACAUUACAAAUACAAAGUUCAGUAAAGCUCUGUAUGACGCAAUUAAAUUUAUUGGAAAAUUCGACAAUUAUUAUUGUUCGUAUGUCACCCUAUACAAUAUAUCAAGGAUAUGUUGUAUCAUUCUAAUGAAAAUAUUGCUUUUGCGGAUUUUUUGGUUUCUACAAGCUCAAACCUGUAAUAUGAUUGUAUAUUGUAACAAUGGGAAACAAGCCGAGGUUCGAGUAUGAUAUUUUCUCAAGAAAAGGAGCUACGGGAUUUGUUGAAUCCCGUUGAAAAGGAAAAUGCUCCACAGUGUACUUCAGCUCGUUAGGUUCUCUCUCUCGAUUGUUCGAUUUAUUUGAUAUUUUGCAAAUUGGGUUAAUAUGGUAUUUAGUUUAUCUAUCUGCUAUGUUUAUCUAUUCUCUUGCUCUCUUUGUUUCCCAUUCCGACAUUUUUCUGUUAAUACGAAACACAAACACGCUCGCAAGAGUUUUGAGAUGUAUACUAUGAUAUACUUAAACCAUCUGUGAGUCUGCCUCGUCUUUUAUAAAAUUCUUGCUAUAUUCA